CGUUGCUCCGCCCGUUGCUCCGCCCGGGGCUUUUAUUGUGAAAGCCCGCAGUGCUGAGUGAGCCUGGGCUGGUCUGCGGGCGGCUGGGAUGGCGGAUCUGUCUCUCGGUCUGACGGGCAUUACCGUGGCUCUGGGCCCGAGCAUGGACCCGGAGAAGAGCUCAAAUGCGGUGAAGGACUUUGAGAACGUGGAGCUCGGGGACGUCGGGAAGAAGCAGAAGGUUCCUCGCAGGACCAUCUACUUCGCUAGUGGUGAGACAAUGGAAGAGUACAGUACAGAUGAGGAAGACGAGGAUGAGGAAGAAGCGAAGGAGAAAACGAGCGCCAUGGCCACCGUUGAUCCGUCGAAGUUGACUUGGGGUCCGUACUUUUGGUUCCACAUGUGGAGAGUGGCCACCUCCACAAUCUCAGUGUGUGAUUAUCUCGGGGAGAAGAUGGCAUCACUUCUUGGCAUCACAUCACCCAAAUAUCAGUAUGCAAUUGAUGAGUAUUACAGGAUGAAGAAGGAGGAGGAGGAGGAAGAGGAGGAGAACCGUCUUUCCGAAGAAGCUCAGCGACGUUUCGAUGAGCAGAACGAAGCGGUCAGCCAGCAGCCCACGGCGGACCAGCCGGAAGGACCUGCGUCCUUUGUGAACGUGACCUUCGACCUCGAACAGGAGUCCCACACGACUCCAGACGCCAGCAAAGUGCCUCCACCCAUUCCCUCGUAAAGCGACCGUCGCGCGUCAUUAUUAUACUGGAAUAGUAAGCAGGGAUUAGAACGGCUCCACUUAGAACUCCUACACGACUGUAAUUCUUCUGUCAUAUAUACACAGAGAUCUUCUGCGCCCUCGCGUUAGACGCUGCCGUCACGCCGUGUCAUGUUGUGGCCUUGUAGUGUGAGAUUGUUUGGCCUUUCAGCCGUUUGUGGGCCCUGCGGUUCCAUUACAUUUCCUUUUAUGUGAUUGUUUAUAUACGUUUUUGUCAUUUCACCAAAACGUCGUGCGAGUCUCUCGCUGGGGCUUCCGCAACGGCAGCAGCCUGAAUUCAGCCCAGCUGUGACCCCCCGGUCAAACAGCAGGACCAGGCGAAUAUGCGCUACCAGUCAAAAGGACAGGCCUGACGGAAUGAGCGUGGGGUUGUUUUUGUAAUGAUGGACACUUUCUUCAUGGGGUCAAACGCAAAUUUAAAUCACUUUCCAACACGAAUAGUUUCAAAAAAUAUUACUUGUAAAACAUAAAUAGCUCCCGUUCGCUUUCAACACUGGAAUAUAUUCAAAUAUUUAAAGUAAAUAAGAGCUACUUGUAAUUAAACGUAAUAACAGGAUUUGAUCUCCUGUAGUGAAAAAUAUUAAAAAACCCAGAACGUUGAUGAGUAGAUGUGUCUGAUUUUGACUGGUGCUGUAUAUUUACUCUAUAUUCUACACUGUCAUGUCAAAACCUGCUAGCUUCAUUUUUACCAGCUGCCCUUUAAUAAACAACAAAUGAGCCAAAA